UGGGCGUGCCUGGGCGGGGCCGUCCGCGCUUAUGGAGGACGAGGACUGCCCGGACCUGGUCCCCAUCGGCGCCGGCGGCGCGGAGCUGGCCGAUGCCGGCCCCGACAGGAAGAUCCCCGUGACGAUCAUCACGGGGUACUUGGGAGCUGGAAAAACAACUCUUCUAAAUUACAUACUGACAGAACAGCAUAAUAAAAGAAUAGCAGUUAUUCUGAAUGAAUUUGGAGAAGGAAGUGCCUUGGAGAAAUCUCUGGCAAUCAGUCAAGGGGGAGAACUCUAUGAAGAAUGGCUGGAGCUCAGAAAUGGCUGCUUGUGCUGUUCCGUAAAGGACAAUGGUGUGAAAGCAAUUGAGAACCUGAUGCAAAGGAGAGGAAAAUUUGACUAUAUAUUGUUAGAAACAACUGGUUUGGCAGAUCCAGGAGCUGUGGCCUCCAUGUUUUGGGUUGAUUCUGAGCUGGGAAGUGACAUCUAUCUUGAUGGUAUUGUGUCAGUUGUUGAUGCAAAGCAUGGAUUGCAGCACUUGACAGAGGAGAAACCAGAAGGCCUUAUUAAUGAAGCAUCUCGGCAGGUUGCAUUAGCUGAUCUUAUAAUCAUCAAUAAAACAGAUUUGGUUUCAGAAGAAGAAUUGAAUAAAGUCAGAACGUCUGUGAGGUCAAUAAAUGGACUUGUUAAAAUUCUAGAGACACAAAGAUCAAGAGUUGAUCUCUCUAAUGUAUUGGACCUACAUGCUUUUGACAGUUUAUCUGGAGUAAGUUUGCAGAAAAAGCUUGAGCAUGUAAAGACAACACAUGCACAUCUAGAUAAGGCUAUAAUUACAGUAACAUUUGAAGUUCCAGGAAAUAUAAAAGAAGAAAACUUAAAUCUCUUUAUUCAGAAUCUUCUGUGGGAGAAGAAUGUGAAAGAUAAGACUGGAUGCACCAUGGAUGUCAUAAGACUGAAGGGACUGGUAUCUAUUCAAGGCAAAUCUCAUCAAGUGAUAGUCCAAGGUGUCCAUGAGCUCUAUGACCUAGAAGAGACUUCAGUAGCCUGGAAAGAAGAUGAAAAGAGAACAAACAGACUGGUCCUAAUUGGCAGGAACCUGGAUAAGGAGAUCAUCAAAGAAGUAUUCAUAGCCACUGUGAGAGAAGAACGAGGAAACAGUUGACAUAAAGCUAUAAAAAAGAUUAAAUGUCUGUUUUAAUACUGCAAGGAUUUUAUGGCAGAAAAGACUGAAUGGCAUGGACUAUAGUAGUUUCUAUAUCCUCUUGCAGUUUAUGCAACAGUUGAACCCUGAAGUCUUCCUAAGAAUUCCAGCUGACCUACUGCUUUAAGAUUAGCUCUUAUGAUCUAGAAUCAAACACAAUUCUCCUAUUUUAGAUUUGGCUGAACCUGUGUCAGCAACAUCAUGGAGCUGUGCAGAAAUGGAGAGAGGCAAAAGGCUGUUAUGUUCUACGUGAAACGUUACUGUGGGGAUAUGGGGAACAUGUUUGAAGCCUAGUGCUUUCUCUUGUUAACUCUCUUCCACUGGGAAUGAAGCAAUAGUGAUUAUUGCCAGUGGUAUAAUCACAGUACAAAAUGUUUAGUGUUUACUAUUAAACUGUCUUCCAUCUCUUUCCA